CAAGUCACAGAGCAAAUACAUUAAUGCUUCUGUCCUUGUUACAUACAGCAAGCUGUGCUUUCUUUGCUCGCCAUCCUUCAUCUGAGAGACACAGAAAGCGAGCACAUUGCUGCACAAACAAAUCUUAACGAAAAAGAAACUACAGUCUUGCAGACAAGAUGGGCCUCGCACAUUCUAAGCAGUUUAAAAGCAAACAAGCCCAUAUUCUAAUGCUAGGACUCGAUUCGGCAGGGAAAUCCACCCUCUUGUACAAGUUCAAAUUCAAUGACGUCUUCUCAACCUCGCCAACCAUCGGCUUCAACGUGGAGAUGAUUGAAACAACAGCAGGCAUUGCCUUAACAGUCUGGGAUGUUGGAGGCCAGCGCAAAAUGAGGACUGUUUGGGAGCACUAUUUGGAAAAUGCUGAUUGUCUGGUCUAUGUUGUGGACAGCGCCAACAAACAGCGCUUGGAAGAGUCGAAAAAAGAACUGGCAAUUAUUUUGAAGAACGACAAGAUCAAGAAUGUGCCUGUGGUUGUCCUAGCCAACAAGCAGGAUCUUCGUGGUGCUCUGGGAGCUGAGGAAAUAACCAAAACACUCAACAUGAAGAAGCAUUGUGCUGACCGAAACUGGUACGUACAGCCCUGUUGUGCAAUUACAGGGGAUGGCCUGUCCGAAGCAUUCCAGAAAGUGACAUCAUUUGCAAAAUCCUGCAUGAAAGCUAAACAAGAAGCUUUUGCUAUCUUCAGGCAAGAUUAACAUGUCCUAAUCUGAUCAAUGCCUUGAUUAUCAGGACAAUAAGACAGUAGAUUAACUGAGC